AGAGGCUUGCUGCUUCUCCAGCCGCGCAUGCCCACUUCACGCUGUCAGUCCCUGUGUAGUGGACUCCACCCUCGCCCUCUGAGCAUGCGCUCUCGUUGGCCCUUCCCCGGGCUUCGCGCCUGCGCACUGCGCAGAGGAGCCGGAGCUCUGUGGCGGCGGCGGCGGCAGAGUGGGGAAAUGGCGGCCGUGGUGCUGGUGUCCGUGGAGAGCGGCUCGGGGAUGAUGCCGGCCGGGAGCCCGGCUGCGUGUGGGCCUCCCGCGGGUCCCUGUGGGCCGGGUUCGUGGAGCCGUUCCCUGGACCGGGCCCUGGAGGAGGCGGCGGUGAGCGGGUCCCUGAGCCUGAGCGGCAGGAAGCUGCGGGACUAUCCGCGGGGCAGCGCCGCCAACCACGACCUGAGCGACACCACGCAGGCCGAUUUGUCACGGAACAGGCUCUCGGAACUUCCUGCAGAAGCUUGUCACUUUGUUUCCCUUGAGAGCCUUAACUUGUACCAGAACUGCAUUCGUUACAUCCCAGAGGCCAUCCUGAACCUACAGUCUUUAACAUUUCUAAAUAUCAGUCGAAACCAGCUUUCAACAUUGCCAGUACACAUGUGUAGUCUACCAUUGAAAGUUUUGAUAGCAAGUAAUAAUAAGUUGGUCUCACUACCUGAAGAAAUUGGACAGCUCAGGCACCUGACAGAGCUUGAUGUGAGUUGUAAUGAAAUACAGACAAUACCUCCACAGAUUGGCAGUCUGGAGUCUUUGCGUGACCUGAACAUCAGGAGAAAUCAUUUGGUGCAUUUACCUGAAGAGCUUGCAGAAUUGCCUUUGAUUCGAUUAGAUUUUUCCUGCAAUAAAAUCACAACAAUUCCUGUUUGUUAUCGGAACCUCAGGCAUCUUCAGACAAUCACACUAGAUAACAACCCUCUACAGUCACCCCCUGCACAGAUAUGCAUAAAAGGAAAAAUCCACAUAUUUAAAUAUCUGAACAUAGAAGCGUGCAAGAUAGCUCCAGACUUGCCUGAUUAUGAUAGGAGGCCCAUGGGAUUUGGCUCUUGCCAUGAGGAACUGUACUCCAGUCGUCCCUAUGGAGCACUAGAUUCUGGUUUCAAUAGUGUGGACAGCGGAGACAAAAGAUGGUCAGGGAAUGAACCUACAGAUGAGUUCUCAGACCUCCCUCUGCAAGUGGCAGAGAUCACUAAAGAGCAGAGACUGCGAAGAGAGAGAGAGUACCAGGAGAACCGAGGGAGCACCCUUGUAACUAAUGGUGGAGUGGAACAUGAUCUGGAUCAGAUUGACUAUAUUGAUAGCUGUGCCACUGAGGAGGAAGAGGAAGAGGUGAGGCAACCCAAGUGCAUGGAGUCAGAGAGCCUCAGCUCACAAUUCAUGGCAUAUAUUGAACAACGGCGAAUCUCUCAUGAGGGCUCACCAGUAAAGCCAGUACCCAUCAGAGAUUUUCAGAGAACAGAAGACUCAAGACGAUACUUGCAUCAAACUAGGGAUAAUGAUGAAUUACGAAGACCAGAAACACUAAGCUUGAUGCAGGACAGAGAGCGACACCAAGGACAAAGGAGUUACGUAGACAAGGCAGAGAGAGCCCCAGCUGAUUCAUCUUACCUUCUAUCUCUGUCCAGCAACCAUAGUCAGAUCUCUCAUACAGAUGUUGAACUUCAUCGAAGGCGAGAGCACGUAGUGGAGCGCACGCGGAGAGAGGCCCAGCUCGCAGCACUGCAGUAUGAGGAGGACAGGAUGAGAACAAAACAGAUCCAGAGGGAAGCUGUGCUUGACUUUGUCAAACAAAAGGCAUCCCAGAGUCCUCAGAAGCAAAGUCCUCUGGAUAGUGAGUGUCCUUUUCCAUCCAGAAGGUCUCAGCACACUGAUGAUAGUGCCUUGUUAGUGUCGAUGUCAGGGUUGGCUCAAGAGGGCUGUGCUACCACCUUGCCUCAUGCCUUCAGAUCUGUCAAGAGUGAUGACAGAUCUACUAUAUCAGCAGCUUCACCUACUACUCAAACAGUCCACCUUUCCUCUCUGUAUCCUGGCCCUGCCGCUCCUACUUCCUAUAGAAACCCUUCCCAGCGACCUGAGAGUUUCCUUUUCCGAGCAGCUGUAAGGGAUGAAAUGAACAAAGCUGUUGUUUCAUCUCCCUCUUCUGCCUCAUCUCCUCCUAAUGAUUCUACAGACUCCAGAGCAAGGCAGAACUCCAAGCAACGUGAGGAAGAGCUGGAGCUAAUAGAGCAACUGCGGAAGAAUAUUGAGUCACGGUUAAAAGUGCCUUUGCCUAGUGAUCUUGGAGCAGCUCUUACUGACGGAGUUGUUCUCUGCCACUUAGCCAAUCAUGUGCGGCCUCGAUCUGUUCCCAGCAUCCAUGUCCCCUCGCCUGCUGUACCUAAGCUAACAAUGGCAAAAUGCAGACGAAAUGUGGAGAAUUUCCUGGAAGCUUGCAGAAAGAUUGGUGUGCCUCAGGAGCGAUUAUGUUUGCCUCUGCAUAUUUUAGAAGAGAAAGGUUUGACACAGGUAGCAGUGACAGUCCACGCACUUCUGGAGCUUGCACCCCCAAAGCAGCAGCAUCACCACCUGUCUGCUGCAUAGAGAUCUCCAGGACCUUUUGGUUUCCCUUGGCUAAGCAGAAGAACAUGAAGACUUUACUGCUGGUGCAGUGUAUCCAAACACACAGAGCUCUGUUCUAAGAAGGAAAUUAGCCUCUGUGAUUCCUGACAGGAAUGUUUUGCUUCAUUUCUCCACUUUUUUGGAGAUCACACCGGUUUCCAUUUAAUUUUUUACUAAUAUUUUUUCCCCUUUAUAAAGUGAGGUUUUUCCUUGGGGAAAAUUCCUUUGUCUGGUUGUUUAGAAGCAUCUGUUAAAACUGACUAUGUAGAUUUAGGGGGGUUAUAUGUACGGUUUGAAAAACUGUAAGAUUCCUACUAGGAUGUAGUUCCAAAGGGGAUGCUUCCAUUGAACACAGUGAUGGAGACUGCUUGUCCUCCCCAUGAGUCCCAGAGAGUUUUCCCUGCUUCUAAGAAAUGCCAGCUCUUUCCAGUGCAUAUAAACAUCACAGGUUAAGACUCUGUUUUGAAGCUGAUGAGUCUCAGUUUUUCAAAGCAAGACUGAAAGUGAUGCUUUAAUCUGUGUUGGCAUGUCCUCAAUAUUCAAAAAAUAUAGAUAGCGCUGGUUUUUUCCAGGGAAAACAUACUGCUUGUUACUCCUAUAAGUAACACACAUUUCAGUGAAAGAUGCUAAACCAUAACUGUUCAAAUAGUUUUAUUAAACAAAUCAAAGUAUUUGCUGGCUUUAAGUUGGUUAUAAAUCUCUCCUUGUAUUGGAAUCUUCCCCACUUCAGUGGGAAACAUCUGACCACCUUUCAUGCCUUCUCCUAUCCAUCAUGGGGACUUGGUUACUAAAUGGUAAUGUUAAAUUGGUCUAUGGCUUGUAUCUGCUGCAAAUAAUGACUGAAGAUUUUCCAAUGGAGAAUCAUUUACCUAUUUUCAUUCCAGUGCAAAUAAUCAUAAGCUAUCAGACCAUCCAUUAGAGAUUUGUUAUCCAAUUCUGUUUUCAACUGAAAACACACAGCCACCCCCUUACACCAAUGAAGACCCCAGUUAUGUAGGAACAAAUUAUUAUAGGAAAGAAUGAGAUUAUUGAAUUCCUGGAGUGGUUCUGUGUGUUGGCAUAACGCUCAGCUUUCAAAGUGCCAGUCUUUUGCAAAAGGAAAUUUCUGUGGGUGGGUUUGACAGAAUAUGUUGUUAAAGCAUGUUUUCUUGUAGUUCAUACAGUGCUGUAAACUGCCUUUACUCCCCUCCGCCUAUCUCCUUUUCCCCAAAAAGUGGAAAUUCAAAAUAUGUGAACAGGAAACUGAAAAUAAGGUAAGAUGUUACUUUAAAGGUGACUGUCAAAGUCCAGACUCCCUGCUGCCAUGGCCCCUUGACUAGGCUGCCAUCCAGCUCUGCAGUAACUUUACUUUUUGAUAUAGUAACAUUUUAAAAAUCCUGUUCUCCCACAGUGAAAUCCUCUUGCUAUUCCCUGGGGUAUCCCAGAAGACACCUCUGCCAUUAUCAUGGGUUGCAUAAGGUGUGAAUGAGACUUCUAGUCUUUGUGGUGUUCCAUUCUGGGGUAUUGUUAGUGAACCAGUAAUACCAAGAGGGGAUGAAGUGAGCAGAAGGGAGGGAAAAAAGUUAGUUAAAAGUUUUCUUUGCUGUAACAACCCUGGUCAUGGGAACAUUUGAGCACAGAAGUCUGGGCUUAGCUGAAUUUUCCCUUUAGAUUUGUCAUUCCAUUCUCACCCUGAUUUGUCUGCAUAAUAAUUAUUUCAUGGUAGCUUGUGGUAACUGUUGUCUCAACGAUUUCGCAUGAGGACAUAUUUUGCUUCAUAUUGGUGUUGACACCACUUAUCACACCAUAAGUCUAGAAAAACACGUGAAGGAUAUUUAAAACUAGAGUCGCACAGUUGAUAAGAGAAAAUAUUUUCAUAAUGUGUAAGUGGCUGCCUUGGUUUCGGGAAGAUCGGAGUGUGCUGGUAACAUGCAUCAUAAAAAGGAAGAGGACAGCUCGGUGCAGGUACACCUUCCCCCAGCAAACGAUGCAGGCUGUGUGCACAGCACCUUGUUCCAAGUGAAGGCUUGCAAAGGACAGGGCUGGUCCUUAAAGGAUUCUGUGUUUUCCUUCUUCUGCAAAAGGCACAGGUCACUUGCGGGUUUAAAGAAGUGUAAAUGGUGAAUUCUCUGCAACUUGAAGACUUUAAAGCAUGA